GUCCAAACCAAGCGCGUGACGCCAUCAGCCCAAUAUCCGCACAAUUUUCCUGUAGCCGACUUUCCUCUUCCUUACCUGACGAAAACACUUGGUCAAGUCGGGUCUCGGAGCCCUCAUGAAGUGUUUUUCGUCGGUGUCUUGGCUGUUCCUGCGUCUGUGAUCCGUGUGGACUCGGCAGCAGUGGCAAGGCCUUUACUCGAAGGGAACUGCAGGCGCCUGUGCUCAAAAGAAAACAAAAACAAAGACAAACAUGCAGUCAGUAAGCUGCCUAGAUAGACACAAGGGGACGAAGCCUGUGCAGUUAUUUUCUAGAUAUAUAAUACCGGCGCUGACGCUGACGGUGUGCGGGUUCCUCGCUGUUCGGCUGGCGCUUCCGGAUAACGCCGUCACCCGACCCAGACAGAGUGGCGCUGGAGGUCUUGGGCUCCGCCUCGGGAGGGAGGAGCAGCGCCCCGCCGCCCUCGGGCUCCGGAGGCCGCCGCCCGCGCUCGGAAGGCGGCGGGCGGGAGGAGACACGAUCGACAAGAUGAAGGGUAUACCUAUUCUGAUGAUGGUGUACACUUACGAUGCCACAGUCAUCCGAAGGUCGAUUGAGAGCGUACUGGACGUGACAUCUGGCAGCCGCAUGCCCCUCGUUGUCUCAGUACGCGAUCCAAGUGAAGAAAUCCUGAGCUUACUUCGGGAGUACCCAGUCACGCUCCACGCCACCAGGUCGUCGUCCGGCCUUUUCCACCCUGGCAUCAGCAGCAGUUCCAUUUUGCAAAGCGUUAAGCACCUCUUUGGAAUUCCCCACGCAAAUGCUGUGUGCGUGAAGGACGCCAUCAGCCUGGAAAAUAAGUUCUUACAUACUACAGGGAACUUUACGGAGACCACGACCACCCGACCUCUCUCGCAGGACAUGUACAACUAUCGUGCGGUUCCUUUUAUGGAGAAUCCCUAUAGUCCGAAUUACCGCAAGGCAGUCCUGAACGACCAGCGCGAACUUCCUCAGGCGUCAGGCGUUUAUAACUCUCGAAAGAAAGUUACGGGCGACGAGUUACGGGCGGCUGGGAAGAGAGACGAAGACGCUGCGACGUGUGGUAAGUGUAGUGGCCUGAAGGAAGCCCUCGCGUUCGUGCUCGAGUCCUUCCCCUCAACUCAGCACGUGUUUCUACUGGCAGCUGGAUAUACACUUUCGCCGGAUUUUGUUAGUUACUUCAGCCAGACGAUCGAGAUUUUACAGGAAGACGCAACUCUGUACUGCGUCUCGGCCCGCAGUCCCUUGGCCUCCGUCGCGACCUCGGGGAAUGCAACGAGAGUCUACCGCGUGGACCAGUUUCUGGGGAAAGGAUCUCUCGUAAGGAGGAGCCUCGUGGAGGAGAUCCUGAAGGACUUCGUCGUAUUCGAGAGGACACUUCAGACUAAGGACAUUAAGACGCCUCUUGACUAUCUCGAAACGUGGUUAUCCUGGUGGAGCAGACGCAGACGAAGAGGCUGCGUGGUGCCCGACGUGCCGCGAGCGUGCCCCAUGGCGCCGGCCCCGCCGAGAGCCGCAGGAGAGGGCGCCCCUGGACCGGCCCCGAGGACGGCUUGCCUUCUGGAGAAAGACGUCAGGCUUGUGAAUGUAUCAAGGUUACUGCACUAUAAAUAUGGCCAAGACCUAUACUGGGCCAUCGCCGCUGCAGAACCACUUGGGAACCGGACCAUCGACUGCAGGGAUCCACUCUUCUUUCCUGACCACAUGAAUGGAUCUUCAGUUGUUGCAUAUAUCAAGAUGGAGAAUUACGACGACGACUUCACCUUCCACCACGUUAUGAAGUGCUUCGGGCUGGACCUUCCCGCGGCGACCGGCUACUUCGAGGGCGUGUUCCGGUUCACGUUCCGCGGGGCCCACGUCCUGGUCAUGGCCAUCCCGUACUCCCGCUUCUCCCCCGCCCUGAAGGACACAAGGGCACUGAUGAUGGCAAAGAUCCCGGAUACGCCAUUGAAGGGAAGUGUUCAUUUUCCCCAGCACCGACAAGCGAACUUCACCUUCCAGAGGGUACCUGUGCGCCAGGUAGUUGACUAGUCCGGAGGUCCAAUUAGCCGUAAAUAACUCCAGUUCCUUUCCCUCAAGACCUAGAUCUUUAAUGUGUAACGGUUAUGUAUACAUUGAAUUGGAUAAUUCUUUUCAGGCAAGACCUAAU